AUUCUCUCAACGACUGUCGGAUCAUCUUUGUGGAUGAGGUUUUCAAGAUUGAGCGCCCUGGCGAGGGGAACCCCAUGGUGGAAAACCCGACGAGAAGGAAGAGCGGGCCCUCCUGCAAGCACUGCAAGGACGACGAGCGGAAGCCGUGCCGCAUGUGCGCCUGCCACCAGUGCGGGGGCAAGCAGGACCCCGACAAGCAGCUGCUGUGCGACGAGUGCGACAUGGCCUUCCACACGUACUGCCUGUGCCCGCCUCUCAGCAGCAUCCCCACCGAGGAGGAGUGGUACUGCCCCGAGUGCCGGAUCGACUCCAGCGAGGUGGUGCAGGCCGGCGAGAAGCUGAAGGAGAGUAAGAAGAAGGCGAAGAUGGCGUCGGCCACGUCGUCCUCGCAGCGGGACUGGGGCAAGGGCAUGGCGUGCGUGGGCCGCACCAAGGAGUGCACCAUCGUGCCGUCCAACCACUUCGGCCCCAUCCCGGGCAUCCCCGUGGGCACCAUGUGGAGGUUCAGAGUCCAGGUCAGCGAGUCUGGGGUCCAUCGGCCUCAUGUGGCAGGCAUCCACGGCCGGAGCAACGAUGGGGCGUACUCCCUGGUCCUGGCUGGAGGGUAUGAGGACGACGUGGACCACGGGAACUCGUUCACGUACACAGGUAGCGGUGGACGAGACCUUUCUGGUAACAAGCGGACUGCAGAACAGUCUUGUGAUCAGAAACUCACCAACACCAACAGGGCGCUGGCUCUGAACUGCUUUGCCCCCAUCAACGACCUCAAAGGGGCCGAGGCCAAGGACUGGAGGUCCGGGAAGCCGGUCCGGGUGGUGCGGAAUGUCAAGGGCCGCAAGCACAGCAAGUACGCCCCCAUCGAGGGCAACCGGUACGACGGCAUCUACAAGGUCGUGAGGUACUGGCCCGAGAAGGGCAAGUCCGGCUUCCUGGUGUGGCGCUUCCUCCUGCGCAGGGAUGACGUCGAGCCGGGGCCUUGGACCAAGGAGGGGAAGGACCGGAUCAAGAAGCUGGGGCUGACCAUGCAGUACCCGGAAGGCUACCUGGAGGCCCUGGCCAGGAGGGAGAAGGAGAAGGAAAACAGCAAGAGGGAAGCCCUGGAGAAGGAGGAGGACGGAGAGGAGGGCUUCACAUCCCCCAGGAAGGGCAAGCGGAAAAGCAAGUCGGCUGGAGGCGAUGGGUCCUCGCGAGGGGCACCCAAGAAGACCAAGGUGGAGCCCUACAGCCUCACCACCCAGCAGAGCAGCCUCAUCAAGGAGGACAAGAGCAACACAAAGCUGUGGACAGAGAUCCUGAAGUCACUCAAGGACGGGCCGAAAUUCCUGAGCAAAGUGGAGGAGGCGUUCCAGUGUAUUUGUUGCCAGGAGUUGGUGUUCCGCCCGAUCACGACCGUGUGCCAGCACACCGUGUGCAAGGAUUGCCUGGACAGGUCCUUCAGGGCCCAGGUGUUCAGCUGCCCGGCCUGCCGCUAUGACCUGGGCCGGAGCUACGCCAUGCACGUGAACCAGCCGCUGCAGGCUGUCCUCAACCAGCUCUUCCCUGGCUACGGGAGCGGACGGUGAUCCUCAAGCACUUCUUGCCGGGUGUUUUUUUAAAAAAGCGUUAUCGGGGGGGGGGGGUCUGUGGCCCCCAUUUUGUUUUUAGUGAGCUUAACUUAAACAUGUAGUUUUUCCUCCACUCCCUAAAAAAAAAAAA